GCUCAAAUGUCUUCGGCUAUGGCCCCCCUUGUGUGCCCCCUUGUGUGCCUCUACCUUCAAGGUUGAUUAAGAGGUACCCUGGCUGUUUGUUGGAGCUUCUCCAAUCUGUCUGUCGUCACACAUUUUCCACCACACCCAGAGCUCCCCCAGCUUCCCAAGACUCUCCUUCCCGCGCGCCUCGUCUAAGUAGCAGGCAGCACAGCCUAGUCCUGACAAUCCAGUAUCUCGCUUUUCCUUUUCCCAUGGAUUGAUCCCUUUCACAUCUUCCUUUGACUAUUCCUGCUCUUCCCAUCUUCCAGGCACCCGGCAUUUUACCCCGCACAUUUCCACCCACAUGCUAACCCUGCCUUCUUCCAGCCGCCGGGCCUCGUCGAGACGGCGCUGCUGCAUGCUUUGUUGUCUAGAGCUCCACGACUCUCCUCCCAACAUCCGUUUGCACCAGCCAGAUGGACCAGGACUCCAGGACCGACGAGUCGCGAGAACGUGCCCUCUCCUCUGAGCCUAGCUCUACUCGCCCUAAUCCCUUUGACGACGAUAGCAGUGCCUCGGCCCGCAAACGACGUCGGACCUCUCGCUCCGGUUCUCACUCCGGCUCUCGUAGUACCUCUGUCGAGACCGCCCUCUCCCACGACGUCGCCAUAGCUGUCUCGGGUGCCCACGACAUGAAGGUCGACACCCCACAGCCCACUCUUCCAAGCACACCAGACCGCCCUCAGCAUCUUGCCGAGCCCGUCUCUAGUAGAGUGACUAUCAAUCUGCGUAACGCCGACAGUUUAGAAGCCACACCCACAUCUCCCGCAUCACCCACACCAUCGCGCCUAGGAGCGAGCCGUGUUCGGGCUAGUGUAGAAGCACCCGACGUUGACAUGGCUCCGCCUCAUUCCGUGGAUGACACCUCGUCCUCGUCUUCUACGCUCGAUAGCCCUGGAAUAGCCGGCAUCACCGUCGAGGAACUGGAAUAUGAUGUUCAGUCCUCUCCGAUUGAGCGGCAACCCGCCUUUGGAAUAACAGCUGACCUGAGUUCUAUUAUGUUUGAGUUUCCAUAUCGUUGUGAGGGCGAAGCACCCCACGACACGGUCAAUCGCUUGUGCAAUUAUUUCAGGCAACAACAUGGCAACGUGGAUGAAGGCUUGCUGUCUAUUCUCACUUGGUUGAAUCAAUGUUUGUUAUGCGCCCGUCUGGAGAAUCGGGCUACAAUUAUCGAGAUAUAUCGGGGGAAUCGGGCAUUCUGGGCUACUCUCCCUGACUUGUUUUACCAAUUUGGCCAAAGACCAAAUCAUACGAGAACCAAGGAGACACGAGAUCUCAUCACCCAGCUAUUCGCCCAAUUCGCGAAACUGACCGCCUUCCUCCUGACUAUAGAUAUCCGUAAUCUAUCCCAAAGAACCGUUACCGAGGAGAACUUCACGGGGUUGAUGAGCCCGCCGUAUCUUCGGAUGCUGUCUAGUUUGCCGAUUGCGGAAGAACAGCAUCAUAUUAACGGCGCAGAACGCAAUCCGAACCCGUUAGACCCUUUUGAGGUGUUCCAGUCUAGCUAUGGUGUUUCACUGGCUACGAUCGUCUCUUUCGUCGAACUGCACACCCGUGCUUUAGCCCAGUUCCCCCGAAUAAUCAUGGACAACCUGACCGCCAUCUGCUUCAUUACCCAUGCUAUUACCAGGGAAAGUUUCCAGAGGCAAAUAUCGCCAAUAGGUAUUCCUCAAAGUAUAUUAGAGCGCUCACGGACUAGUUUGGCGCUUGGUUACAAGUGUUUCACCUUGUUAUCGACCGCCCUCGAAGAAGUAAUGGAGAAGUCCAUUAAUAGUUUGUCACAAGAAAUUCCUGGAAAUUUUAAUUUUUUUUCGUCGGAGAUCCUAAGGCACGGUUUGCACAGCAGCCAUGCCGAAGCCUUGCAGCGUAUCCAGCAGUAUCGCGAAGGACAUCCCCAUAUACCGCCGCAAUACAUAAAUGAUGCAAUAGCGACGGAAUGGCGCCUCAAUGUGUACUGCAAACUGAUAAGGUCGCGUCAAAUGCAGCUCAGGGUCGCCGCGGCAGGAGCAAUGUGUGAUGAUCUAGUCGGACAUUGGAAGAGGUACCAAGAUCGCCAACAAGAUUCCCUUGAGGAUACCCAACCAUUUCUUGACUAUCUACGCUACUUAUCAGAUUACAUCACGCGCACGGGAAUAGUAGAUUACAUACUAGGCCCAACCUGUCAUCCCGAGAUUACGACUACCAGUGGCAAUAUCGUUGGGUUUCUUGGUGUUACCAGGACGUACAGCACUGCGCAGACAAAUCUCAUGUGGCAGACUUUGACGUCAACUCAAGAUCCUCGCAUUGCAGAGGCUUUAGUCAAGAUGAUGGUUAAAGUUACGCUAUUAUUGCAGACAGCGGACUUGAUCUUCUUCCUAGAAAAAUUCAAGGACGUCCCAAUAGAUGCAUUUUCGCCCAUUAUGCGAGACUUUUUUGAUAACAUUACGGACCAUUUAGCUAAGCAUCUAGCGAAUCAACCAGCUCCUGCUGCAUUUCACGAGGUCUGCGUCCGGUUGCUCCGCGAGUCGUCUGUUUUUACUGCUCAGGAUUCCAUAGCCUAUCCCGACAUCUACCAGUUUGCACAGUCAAAGUUAAGGAAACUCAUGCAGGUGUGGCACAGUGACGAAGCGCACCGUGAUAUUGCACUGAGCUGCUUGAAGGAUGUGGCCUCCAAAUCCGACACAUCUUCUGGUAGCCUACAGGUGCUGACUAUGGUAACCGGAAGUCCUGCCUGUGUUCAGGGGUUGAUUGAGGAGCAAAACUUUAUCAAGCUCCUCGUGGACGAUCUUGAGGCUGCAGUCCGCUUCGCGAAGUCAGUGGGUGUUUCCAGGGUCUACGCCAAUCCCAUUUGUCAGGCGCGCCGGAGAUUCAUCUCGAUGAUUAUAAUGCAGUUUGGGUCGGCCAUUGACGCGUCCCUAGGCCAACGACUUUGGGACUACCUUGUUGGAGAUAAAGCCGCCAGUCAAGAUGACCGCAAGUGUGCCUGGGAGGAUUUGCACGCAGCACUCAAGCGUAGGCGCCCCGACAACAAUGCGUUUCACAAUAAUCAAUUCCUUGUUGAUUGUGUACGACUUUUUUUGCCAAAUCUUCCUCCCUCGUGCUACUGCUAUGGGUCCCUCGCAUUUGUCAGGGACGUGGUUGUUCCUGCUGCUAACGAGAGCAAUGCCAUUAAUACCAUCAGUCUUGAUGACGAAGAGAGCCUACAUUCGUCUGGUCUUGAGUUGCUCUGGCAGAUAAUUCUGACGGCGCCCAAGCAAACAAUUGCCGAUGGCGCGAUUUCAGUUCUUGUCAAUGAGAUUUAUGUUGAUAGUUCAGCCAUCUUGUCGUAUUCCCUCCAGCGCGCUAGGAGGGUUCAUUUUUCACUCGUCAAUCGAUGCUUAGCACAGCUGAAGGCUGCAGCUCAGAAACUGAUGGCUUCCAACAAUGGGACCACAAGUAACGGCGAUGAACCAAUGGUUAUUAUAGCCACCAAUGAUCAGCACCCCGAACACGAACUUCAGUUCGCUCGAACCCUCAAAGUUCUCACUACCUUGUCUAACACACUGCGAACAAAGUCUAAUUUUGCCGCCCCUGACCUACGCUCUCUCAUGCUGUCAUCCCCAAAUGCAGUUAAUGGAGAGUCUGCGGGCUUAAAGUAUCAGUCAUUUGAUGGAGAUGAGCAAACUGAAGUCAACCCACUGAAUAUCGGCCUCAAGAACAGCGUUGCAUCAUUAUUAGCUAGUAUACGCGAAGCUACCGGAUUCGAGAAUUACCGAUUGUAUUAUCGGGGAACUGCAUUUGCCCCCUCUGAUUCUGAUAUCUGCAAAUCAUUGGAAGAGCUUAAUAUCAAGAAUGGAUUGAUACUCGUUAAACGAGAACCUGAAUUGGUUUCUUCUCCUGUACGCAUCAAACCUGGCGCAUCACAUUUGGAAAUUGAGAUACUUCGUCACUUUGACGACCUAUGGGAGUAUCUGAGUAUGGAGGAGAACCUAGCUCGAGAGAUAUUCAAAUUUCUCACGUCCUUACCAGCAGAAGGCUCGGUUUUGGCAGCUAUUGAGAACUCUAAUGCUUCACCCCGAGAUGUUUUCCCUCUUGGACAGCCUUUCAAAUCUCUCUAUGCAAUACAUGCUCUUCGCGAACAUCUGCACACUCGCAGGCUAAAGAAUACCUUAAUGCGUGCCUCUUCUAAUGGGACGACAACGCAACAGCAAUUUACGAACGACCAGCAAGACGCUAUAACCAAAGCUAUAUCCUUGAUUGUUGCCGCUAUAUGUGAUCCUCUAAUUAUUGAUCAGUGCGCGAAUGAGAACUUGAGGUUACAACUUAGUCUUGAGUUGGUAGAUACUUUUGUCCAACUAUUAAAGGAGACCGUGGAACCUCACUUUCUUAGCCAAUUUCUCACUCUAGGGCUCUAUGAACGGCUGACGACAAUCAUGAGAAGUGCUUUGAAAUGUGAGAAUAGCGCCAUCAGCGUUGACCUUGUGCAUCGAAGCUUCGAGGCGUUGCUCGAAUGCUGCGCAAAAAGCGACGCUUUCUGGAAGACUUUUUGCUGUCAAGCAACAACGAGGGAAAUGGUCCAGAUUUUUUUACUUGCUGAUGAGCGCCCUUUUGUUAGAAAGAGUGUUGCGAAACUUAUUAGUACAAAAAGUCUAUAUGACAGUGGCCGAUCGAGCGUGCUUGCAAUCGAGUUUGCAGAGCUUUUCUGGCCUAUCAUCCUAGAACUCUUCCCACAAGCUGUAUCGAAGCCUCAGAACUGCGAAGAGCUUUUCAGUCUGGCAUCGCAUCUCGCGAAGAAACUCAUUGAGAAUGCAUCACAAGCUCUCGACCUCCCAGCUUGCGUCAAGAUAUGUGGCGAUCUGUUACUAUCACAUACGAGUACGGAAGAGAUCUCUCAGCCGGAUAUGAUUGAUAAAGUAGCCUUUGGGCUCAUAUCUAUUCUGCGGCAGAGUAUUGGACAAAUGUCUCCUUCCAUGAAGAACAGCGAAUUACCUGCUACCUUACCGAAGAGGUUGUUCUUUAAGCACCUGUUUCCUCUCGAAAACAGGGAGGGACCAGUAGUGCCACAUGCUAUCCUUCACCCAUCAUCACGCCAUAUGCUUUACGAUAUAGUUUAUAUGCUAGCCAGUGAUAACCAAUCACAGAUGAUCACGCUCCUGCAAAACUUGAAUCGUCUGAUGGCGCACCAAGAAGACGAUGGCGGCAUGGAUUGCUAUAAGUACGAACUCCCCCAAGCCUUCGAACGAAUGAGCGCGGCCCGAUCAAGUUGUGGUUAUCCAGGCUUGAGGAAUUUGUCUAACACCUGUUAUUUGAACUCGCUCUUCACGCAGCUCUUCAUGAACAUUGGGUUUCGUCAAUUCAUACUCAAUGCCAGAACCGAUGACUCUCAGUCUCAGGCUCAGGCUCAGGCUCAGCAACUUCUUAACGAAACGCAAAUUUUGUUUGCAAAUCUUCAAGAUAGCAGACGGAAAUUCAUCGACCCUCAGGCUUGCGUAGAGCAAAUCACCACAUAUGAGGACCUUCCCAUCGACAUAAACAAUCAGAUGGACGUUGACGAGUUUUUCAACCUCCUCUUUGACCGGUGGGAAGCACAAUUUACACUCAACGCAGACAAAAAGGCUCUCAGAUCCGUCUACGGCGGCCAACUUGUUCAGCAGGUGAAAUCUAAAGAAUGUGAGCACAUUUCGGAGCGCAUCGAACCAUUUUCCGCGAUACAGUGCGAUAUUAAGGGCAAAUCAAGUCUUCAAGACAGUCUGCAAGCAUAUGUAGAUGGAGAGAUCAUGGAAGGAGACAACAAGUACAAAUGCUCGACCUGUGAUCGACACGUUGAUGCAGUCAAGAGAGCAUGCCUGAAAGAUCUCCCCAAUAACCUGAUAUUUCACCUCAAACGAUUUGAUUUCAACCUGCGUUUGAUGCAGCGCAGCAAAAUCAAUGACUACUUCCCUUUCCCGGAAAAGAUUGAUAUGCAGCCGUACACCGUCGAACACCUGAGCGACCCUUCUCGGAAUGUGAAACCAGAUGUAUUUGAACUAGUUGGUGUACUGGUGCAUUCUGGAACAGCAGAGACUGGUCAUUAUUAUUCAUUCAUUCGCGAGCGGCCGACUAGUGGCAGUGCUCCAACUUGGAUCGAGUUCAAUGAUGACAAUGUCACAUCUUGGGACCCGUCCCAAAUGGAGGCUGCGUGUUUUGGCGGGCUAGAACAUCGUCCAUAUGAUACUGCAAACAUGUAUGACAAGGUGUACAGUGCGUAUAUGCUUUUCUACCAGCGAUCAUCCUCUCUACGUCGAGAACAAGAAAUGUUGAAAGCGAGCGGGAGUCCAAGGCAACUUCGAGUCGAUGUCCCGCCUGAACUAGAACUUCAGGUCAAGCUAGAUAAUUGGUCGCUCAUCCAGCGCCACAAUCUCUACGACCCAUAUCAUAUCCCGUUCGUCCUCAAGGUUCUUGACUUUUUCUGGGGCGGUAAAUGUUCUAGAGAACACAAAAGAGAAAAUCUAGCGAUGCAUGUGGCGUUAGGGCAUCUAGACCAAGUUGCAUCGCGAGCCAAGGACCUCCCCGAGUUCGACGCUCUUAGCAACACAAUCAUUGCAGCAUGCCAACGAUGUUAUAUGUGCUGUUUCGCCUUCUUUCAGUACUUUCAACAUUACAAGGAAGCUUUCAGGAUGUUGCUGUUCAGGAACGCUGACCCAUCAGUUCGUCAUGACUUUGGCCAAACUUUGUUAUUCGUAUUGAAGAAGAUUAAACACCACCAUCCGACUGAGUAUGGCUACAUAGAUGAUGAGAGCGAUGAGACCUCAAAAUCCAGCAGUUCAAGACCCACAUGCAUGGAGGCAACUGCUGACCUUUUUUCCUAUAUUUGGGAUUCGUUCCACACUCGUCCCAUAGCCUGGCCUGAGUAUUUCGGUACUAUAGUGGACUUUGCCAAGCUUGGUAGGCUCGAGUCCGCUGUGCUACUUGAUCGCGAUUUCUUAACUCGAGUCCUAAUGACUAUUGCAGCAGAUCAAGUAUUCGAUCUGCCCCCUCAGUUUGCUCGGCUCAUACAAAUUGUGGCGCGAAGAGUGGCCGCAACGAAACACCCAAACUAUGAGAGUAUCAUCGCAUUAAUUGAUGUUCUCAUGGAUUGUAUAGACACAGAAAUGGAUAACUAUGUGGAAGAUCCCCAUAAGCGCUUUAUUGUGGCACAGCAGGAGGAUCUGAUUCCAUUUACUGCAAAUGAAGUCAAUAUCCUCCAUAAGGUAUGGGGGAGAGCUGAGACAGGUCUGUUCACGGAUAAGUUAAUCCAAAUCAACCAGAAUCCAGUAGCAACCGACAGCAUAAUUGGGAGGCUAGUGGCAUUCAGCGCGUCGUUGGAGGCAACAGUCCUCAAGUCUCUACUAUGUGGCAUCACGGGCCAGAUUGUAUCUCAGCCCGUUACUCCAUAUUUGCGUGCAAGUUUGGUUUACUGCGUGUCCACGCCCAACAAAGACAAUUUGAGCCGACUUCUCCGACAGAUCAAUGAGCAGUGUAAGGCGGUGCCCAUUGCCGAAGCCCGGUCGUUCUUUGAGUUUCAGAGAGAUGUGUUCGACCGGGAGCGCAACACUGGUGAACGCAAGGAGGAAAUCCAGCUUGAUAGUUUAAGAAACCUGCCUAUUUGGGUACCUGGACUAUUGGGGUAUCUCGAUGGUACUGUCAGUAGUGCAGUUGAAGCGCUUGUUCACGAAAAGCUCUUCAAAUAUGGUACAGCCCCUGUUUUCGAGGAUGGAACUAGUGGGCUCAACAGAGCGCAAACAAUGGUGACUGUGGCUAGAGAGCUUGCUGUCAAUCUCCUGCAUUAUUUGCAGGAUACGUACGUAGUACGCGGCGCUCAGGUCUCGAAGGAUACAAUACAGCCCUUCCACCGGGUCAUCGACCAAUGCAUCCCCUAUUUUCAAGAUCAUGAGGAUCCAGAGGACGAGCUGAGCCGAAGGUUUUACGAGCUGUGGCCUUCCGUUCCAGAAGCUAUGCAAGCCUUGACUGUCGAUGAGAUCGAAGACGAUGCUUCUGGUAUGUGGACUGACUCUUCUAGCAGCGGCUCCGAAUGUGACUGACGAAUCCAAGACUGGGAGCAGUCCAUUGGGUCCUCCGACAGUCUUGCAGACCUGAGUAAUAUGCAGGUUGACCAAGAGCUCCUAGACAGCAGCGUGUAGGAAUUUACUGAUCAGCCCGAAGAAAUAAAAGAGGAAUUAGGUUGGGCACGCCUCGACG